AUGGCACUUGUGGUACCCAUUGGAAAACUUCAGCUGAAGAUCGCAGUGGUCCCAGGUAAGACUCCUUUCCUGAUCAGUAACACCCUCAUGAGAACUCUUGCAGCGCAGAUAGACUGCGAGCACCGAAAGUUCUGCAGUGCCAAGUUAGAUCAGCCGAUCGCCAUGCACUUGACCAGUCGCGGCCUGUUCUUGGUUGAUUUGAAUGAGAUUGCACUGUCAGCCCGACGUCAUGCCUUGCACAGCAGUGACUCAGCGAAGCCUGUCACUGAGACCUUUUUGUCCGACACCGCUCACAUAAAAGUUGACGCCAUUAAGCCAGUGGGAGUUGCAGUCAGAAUUGCCGAAAUUGAAAACCGAAUUCAAAAGAAACCAAUGGAAGAAUCUGGAAUUCAGAUCGUCAGAGAAAGCAGUCCAUGUGUUGCCAAAGCCUCUGAACCAGAUGAAAGCAAAACCGCCUUGCAACAGAGUGCUCCCUCCGAAGUGGAGGACCUGAGUCAUCUGACUCUUCCGGAACUCGAGAACGAGGUGAUCACCUUCGGGAGCAAGUACAACGGCAUGACCCACAGCCAGGCUUGGCCGGAUCAGGAAUGGUGCCAGUUCAUGCUGAACCGGUAUGGGAACAGUGCGAAGACGGCUCAUCGCCGUGCCAUCAGGUUCAUCGAGCUCAAGAUCGAGCAGCACGAACAAUCACAGAUGCCCAUUCCGAAGAUGCAAAGCCAGGUGUCCCGUCCAGUGGGACUGAACAUAGCCUCCAAGGCCAAGGCAAAACCACAGGCCAAGGCCAAGGGGUGCGCAUCUCACCAAGGAGUCCAUGCCAGUCUGAACAUGCCCAGUUGUUCGCCCGGCCAGAUGGGAGAAGACGACGAAGUCUGGGACUGGAAUUCCGAGAUGUAUGCAUCGGAGACCAUGAUGCCGAAUCCCUUGCAGCAAGACCCCGACUUCCUCGCCAUGAGAGAUCGAAUGCUGUUCAUGGAGAAUGCUCUUCAGCGAGUGAUCCAGCACAUCGAGCAGAACACCAACACAGCCGAGCCAGUGACCAGCCCAGAGGAAUUUCCGUAUCUCGACGCCUCCAGCCAGCGACCCGUGACGUCUGCAGAUCCAAAUGUGAAUCAUCCUCCGAACGUAACGGAGGAGGAACCAAGAUCAACGGCAGCACCUGUGCCAGCACCCAUUGAGACCGAAAGUUCCCCUGUCCCGGAAUCUGAAAUGAUUCCAUUGGACGGCACCACGAGCCAGGUUCCUUUGCUUGAACAGCCAUCAGAAGCCUCCGAACGCUGUAGGCACAUGCGGCUCAGGGAGCCCCGGGAGAAGGCGGGUAGGGAUUUCACUCCUUGGGAGCUCACCCGUGCCGGUGACAUUGAGCGUGGACGCUCUGUGGUACGUUGGCUUGGUAGCCAUAACCUGGAUCAGCAGUGUUGCCUUUCAGAAAAGGUUGUGGGCGCUUCCUGGAGCGGUGUGGUGAUCGUGGAGGAGCCUUUUAACUAG